AUGUCUAUCUGCAGGAAAUGUAAAAAACAGAUAAAGGCUACAGAUGUCAAGGGCUGUUCUAAAUGUGCCGCUACCUAUCACUAUCAGUGUCUGGAUAUUUCUCCAGAGAAUUUUGCAAAGGAAUCUAAGGCCUACAAGUGUUCAUGGAAGUGUACUGAAUGCAAGUCAAUUGAUCGGCGAGGUGAUAUUUCAGAUACUCUUUCUCCAUCUGCGACGUCCUCGCAUGCUGGCGAUUCAUCAGAUAUCAGCAAUAUUGCAGACUUAAAAAGUUACUUUGACAGAAGUCUCGAAGAAGCCUUGUCUCGUCAGCGAAAGGACAUCAUUCGUGAUUUUGCCGCUGAUAGCGCUGAUACACGCGCAAAACUGCAGGAAUUAACCACUAGCAUACAAUAUAUGUCAGACAGGUACGAUCAACUCCAGGAAGCUCUUGAACAGAAAUCCAAAGACUGCGAAGAAUUGAGGUCAGAAAAUAAAGAACUGCGGUCGGACUUAGGUAUUCUGCAGGCGCAAGUCGAGGAUCUUGGUUCUAAACUAAAUCAGUUUGAGCAACUAUCUCGGGACAAUAAUUUAGAAAUUCAGUGCGUGCCUGAACACUCGGCGGAAAACCUGAAAUCUGUAAUAAAUCAGCUUGCAGGCACCGUUGGUCACCCUCUUCGUGAGCACGAGAUCCUAAAUUAUCACCGAGUAGCUAAAAUUAAUAAAGACACGAAACGUCCUAAGUCAAUAAUUGUGAAGCUUUCGAGCCCAUUGAUUCGGGAUUCUUUACUCGCAGCGGUAAAAACCUUCAACAGGACUCACCAAAGCGACAAAUUAAAUUCUGCUCAUUUGGGUUUAGCCGAUAAGGAUAAACAACCCAUUUACGUAUGCGAACAUUUGACGCCGACUAACAAGCAGCUUCACGCCGCUGCUCGGAAAGCCGCUAAAGACAAGAAUUUCCAGUUCGUGUGGGUUCGAAACGGAAGGGUGUUCAUGAGGAAAGAUCCGGCCUCAAAAAGCUUUGUUGUCAAGGACUAG